AUGCUCGUCUCUUCACUCGGCAGUUCCAGACUUCGCUGGCUCUACGCCCUCCUCUGCGUUGGCCUCUUAUACGUGACGCUGUCCUGGCUGUACACCGGGCACGCCUACGUCCUCCCUAGUGGCGAUCCGGACUCCGAGCGAUUCGAAGGAGCGACGUGGCAAGAAAGGCUUGGGAAGCAGAAAGACCGCAUAGCAUCGACCCUCAAGACCUGGCUCCCGAAACCGCACAACUCGACUGAGCCCCUUCCCCCGCUACCCUCCGACUACGACUACGAACGCGCACAACCAGAGUUCUGCCAGAAGCGAUUCGGCCUCGACUAUCUCUACGAUCUGCGCGAUACCGCGACGCAAUACUGCACCGACGAUUCUUCGUCGCCCAUGACAUGCUUCCGCAGCCGGCUGCACUUCCCCUUGCGGACGGAUACUUUCUGCGUGGCCAAGAAUGCGCACUUCAAUGCGGGCGAGAAGAAAGUGGAGCUAGGUUGUAAACAGCGGCAGUUCAGUGAAGAAGAGAAGGCAGCGAAUGUGCCGACAGUGGACGAGUUUUGCGACUACAACAACUGGAUGGGUGUGGGGCCAUGGUACAUCUUCAACGAAACGAUUACACUGCUAAACGAUUCCAAAAGUGCUGCCGGGCGCCUGCCAUCUGCUUCCCCAGGUGGACGCGCGAAGCAUAAGUUCACGAUCUUGAUCAAGCGCGACUGGCCGCUGAAUCUCUGGCACUUUACCGUCGACCUCAUCAGCAUGGUCCUGAGCCUGGACGUCUUGCAAAUGACCAUCGACCCCGCGACAGAGGAACCCUUCUUCCAGCCCGACGACGAAGAAAACACGCAGAUCAUUAUCCUCGACGGCAGAGAAGACGGCCCCUUCCUAGACGCGUGGAAUAAAUUCGCCAGACUGCCGAUCCGCAGAAUCGAGCACAUCAGCGCCGACGAGGAUUUGGGCACUAUCAUCGUGCCGCUCCCCGGCGUCAGCAACCCCAUGUGGUACGGAUGCUGGCGGUACCACAACUGCCAGCAGGCGUGGCACUGGUUGCGCACGUUCCGGAACCGCAUGCUGCAGCGCUACGGCCUCAUUGACAGCGUCCGCGAAAUGAAGCCCUACGCCGAAAACCCAGAAGAGCCGUCGCAAAUGUUUCCCGACUGGAACGAGAAGAUUGUCGUCACGGUGAUUAGGCGCAAAGGCUCGCGGCAAUUGGUGAACCAGCAAGAAUGCAUUGAUGCGCUCAAGAAGGCGUUUCCGGAUAUCCAAGUCAAUGUGUAUGACUUUGCGCAGCUUGACUUCGCGGCGCAGCUCAAUGUUACGCAUAACACGAACGUGCUGGUUGGUGUCCAUGGCGCGGGUAUGAUGCAUACGAUUUACCUCCGGCCUGGCUCGGCUGUGGUCGAGAUACAACCUCAGAGCAAUACUUUCCAGGGACAUCGGAACUUCGCUCGUGGCCUGGAGUUGGAGUACUAUAUGACGCAUGGGAAGGAUGCGAAGACGGAGGAGGAACUGAGAGAAGAGGAGGAGGCAGAACGUGCAGGGAAGGAUGAGAGAAGCGUGGCGGUGGCCGGGGGUUUGCAGAAGAGAUAUGAUUGGCAGACCAAUAAUGUGAUGGUGGAGCCCGAUCGAUUUGUAAGGCUGGUCGGCGCUGCUAUCUACGCGGUGUAUGGGAAGAGAGAUGAUACGGAGGAUGUUAUGUAGUACUUUCCUUGCUUUCUCUGAAG